AGGUCCUGUAAGUGAAAGAAGAUGGGGUCUGGCUGCCUAAAAGUCACCAAGUAUUUCCUCUUCCUCUUCAAUCUCCUGUUCCUUAUCCUGGGUGCUGUGAUCGUGGGUUUUGGAAUAUGGAUUCUGGCCGACAAAACCAGUUUCAUUGCAGUUAUACAGAUGUCAUCUCCCUCCCUGAAGACUGGUGCAUACAUCUUCAUCGGUGCUGGGGCUCUCACCAUGCUGAUGGGGUUCCUGGGCUGUCUUGGAGCAGUCAAUGAAAUCCGAUGUCUCUUGGGUCUGUACUUCACCUGCCUGAUGGUAAUCCUCAUAACUCAGGUUGCUGCUGGACUGGUCAUCUACUUCCACGAAGAAGUGCUGAAAGAAGAGUUGUCCCACAUAGCUCGAAUUCUGAUUAAAAAUUAUGACCCUUUGAAUGAUGAUAAGAGGAACUCACAAGAUGCAUGGGACUAUGUGCAAACACAGAUUGCCUGCUGUGGCUGGGCUGGAGCAAAGGACUGGGAAAGUAAUGAGAUUCUUAUCAACCGAAGCAUGACUGCAUAUCCCUGCUCCUGCUCCAAUAGCUCCAGGGAAUUUGAGGUAUAUAGCGGUUUCUGUAAUCUGGAUGACCCUGUCAAUGGCACUGCAACGUAUGCUGACUGGCCUGUUCACAAGCAGGGAUGCAUGGAUGGUGCAGAGAAGUGGUUGAAGGACAACCUUGGUAUCAUUCUUGGGGUUUGCACUGGUGUUGCUGUUAUAGAGCUGUUGGGGAUGAUACUGUCCAUUUCACUCUGCAAGAACAUACACAGUGAAGACUACACCAAAGUGCCCAAGUCUUGAGUUGGCUGACUCCAGAGCUACGGCAACAGAGAAAGGAGCAAACAGAACAUUCCUGCCUCUUACCCAGACUGUCCAACCAUUGACCAUGAUUCCUGUGACAUCCCAUUUCUGAUACCACUCUGCUAAGAACUGUUAGAACUGCAAUACAGCCUGAUCUUCUGGCAAUAGGGCCCUUGGGCCACCUGCAUCCUGCCUCUGGAUUAUUUCUAUUUCAAGAAGCAGAACUUAACUGUCUCAUAUCACAUGAGACACCGAUUAACCUGAGGGGACAGUGCUUUUGCUGCCUGCUCCAUGUUAAACAGUACUAUUCGUAUCUCCAUUCUACAACCCACUGGACCUAACAUACAAUAACUCCUCUCCCCCCUCAUUCUCCUCCCACACAACUUUUCCCCUGCCCCCCAAAAGUCCCAUGUCUUUUUCUCAUGAGCCAGGAUUGCUGUUGAGAUUCCAGUGCUUUAGUAGCUUCACCUACUUCACUGACUUGUGGUGGUAACUGGUUGUGCUUUAUAGGCCUUCUCCUCCCUUGCAGUUAACCUGAUUCAGCUCCUACCAUGCAUCUUCCAGUCUAGGCUCUCAUCUGAAA